AUGACUCAAAAUGCAAAAACGAAGACUCCCAAAUUCAAGGUAAGGGAAAUUAAAAUUUUUUGUUUGAUUUUAGAGAGAAGGAAGUAUUGAGAAUGUAUUUUAGUUGAUUAUUCGCCGACUGCCUCGAGAAUUGACCGAAGAAGACCUAAAGGAACAACUCAGCCCUCUCGAUGAUCAUGAAGCCUUCUGGUUUCGCCCUUCGAACAAAGAUUUGAUGCCAUGGGCUUUCUCCAGAGCCUACAUUGUCUUCAAUGACAUCGAAAAGGCGCAAGAAUUCAAGAAUAAAUUCCAUGGAUACGUCUUUGUUGAUAAAAUGGGUGAGAUCAGGUUGAAAUUUUUUUGAAUUUUUUGGUGAAAGCUUGAGAUUUAGAGAGAAUGGAGGGCAUGCUUGCUUUUAGAGUCAAUUGACCGAUGUUAUUAUUGGGGUUACCACGAGAAAUUGUCAAUUUCCCACCUGUUUUGCCAUGUAUAAUAUAUUUUUUUUAUUUUUUGCAGGUUUCGAAUCAAAAGCUAUUGUUGAGAUGGCCUUUCAUCAAGAAGUACCAAGCUCUUUCCCUCAAGACGCCAUGACAUCGGACAAACGAACGAAUACGUUGGAAUCUCGCCCAGAUUAUCAAGAAUUUCUCGCCGUCUAUGAGACCACAACUGUAGUGAAAAAAGUCACUGAUUUUGAUGAACUGAUCAAAGAAGUUGAGAAUAAAGAGAAGUUGUUAGAGGCAGGGCAGAUCCAACAAACUCCAUUGACCGAUUUCAUGAUCAAACAACAUCUGGAAAAGGUGGGAUUACUGUAUUUUUUGUGAUUUGUUUUUAGGAAAAGAAAAGGAGAGCCAGAAGAGAGAAGCAUAGCCCGUAUGCAGCGAUUGAGGAGGAGAAGAAGCCAGAGACAACUAAAAGUAAGUGGAAUUUAAAUUAGGGCGGAUAGUGUAGGAUGAAAAAUUUUGGAGAAGAUUUUUAUAUUAGACUUGAUGAAUAAGAUGAAAAUAAAAUUUUUUUAUUUUUUUUAGAGACACGAGCCGAAGCAUGGAAAGAGAAGAAAGAAAAGGAAAGAAAGGAGCCCAGAAAGGACCGAGAGGAAAAGGAACGUCCGGUAAAGACACCUGAGGACAAGGAGAAGGUCAAAAAAGGUUAGAAUUUUGAUUUUUUGAAUGAAUUUAGGUCUUGUACGUCUCAAAAAAUAAGGAGUAGAUAGGAUUUGGAUGGUUUGUAUAGCUAGUAAUUUAAUUUCAGACAAGCCAGAGCCCAGGGAGAAGGUGAAACAUGAAAAAGAACGGAAAAAUAGAAGAAAAGAGAAGGACGGCAACGAAAAAGAAGACAGAAAGCCGAUCAAGCUCUUAACGAAGGACAAGAAUAACGAGGAUGUCAUCACGGAAGUGCAGAAGGUCCCCGUGGAUGAGAAAGAACGUCUCCCAUCGGCUUUGGUUCCAGAUCCAUCGGUCGUUGGCGAAAGAACAGCCAAAAGUGGAGAGCCGAAAGAGAAAAAGGAACGGCCAAGAAGACCGGUGAGUAUUUUGAGUUUUUUACCUUGAAAUUUAGAAAGAAUCUGAAUUGAAGAUGUCAUGGAUAACAUUAAAAAUUUUAGCAUCGACCCGAACGUGAAGUCUAUCGUCCGGCUCGUGCUCGGCAAAACAAAGAGAAGCCCCAAGAGUAG